UCUUAUCCUCCUCACUAUAUAAUGGGGAACUGCGAUGCCACUGCACGAGCGCUGCAUGAGGGUCUAAUAAUGUUCAAAUCCAGGACAUGUGGAUCAACAACCCACCAUCAAACCACGAGCAUCUCGACCGGGUCUUGAGGUAAGACACGUGCAACAGGCUGAUCUCGCGCUGUGAGGCCUGAAUACAGAAUGCGACAAUUAUUAUACAGCCUCCUCUUCACACUUUUAUUUGCUGAGACACUUGCUGAAAAAAAGGACUGUUGGUACUUUGAAGGAGAUUAUCCAGUAUACUUCAUAUGCAAGACAUAUGAGGACUGCUGUGGCACACAAUGCUGUGUUCGAGCCCUUUCUGCUCAGAGAAUAUGGUUUUUCUGGCUGUUGCUGAUAAUUGGCAUUUUGUGCUGCUGUAGUACUGGGUACUUCAUUCGAAGACGUGUCCACCUUUACCCUCCACCUGGGGAACCUGAUUUUAACGUGGCCUUCACCAGACACCCCAUCAUGUCACCAGGACUGCGUCAGGCUGGCUUUCACAGUUAUGGAGACUCAGAGACUGCAGUCAUUUCCACUGUCUACCCAGUGCAGACCCACCCCAGUCACAUGACUGCAGUGUAUUCAGCCCUGCCGUACAGCCAGCCUCCUCCUCCCUAUGAUCAGGCCAUGCAGGACUCGCAGAAGAAAUAAACAGAACAACACAGUCCUGAGGAACAACACUAUAGAUCAUCAGUGACUUUUUGUUACUCAUUCUUAAAGUCUAUGA